UCGCAAUCGCAUCCCCCUCGGGCUUUGUCAGGAAUCAGCAGCGCCAGAUGUCUGACUAGUUUACGGGAUGAUCACAGGCGACUCGCUUCUUAGCGCCAUCCUUGGCACCAUCCAUCCAGCGAGUAUAACAACUUGGAGCCCCUCAUGCGUCCUGCACUCCUUCAAUCACCAACUUUCGACUUAUGAUCCGCGAUACUCGAUUCACACGCUUUUUCUUCGACAACAAUUUCCUCGAUGGCCGAGACUUGUAUAGUCUGCCUCGGCGACCUCGUCCCCCAAGGCGAAGGCAACUCAGCCGCCACCACUACUGCUGCAACCACCACCACCUCCGAUAACUUGCUAGCGACCGACUCGCUAGAGGAGCCGGCUGAUACCACCACCCAUCAUCCCAGCAAGCUCCACCAAGUCGUGUCGCCAGCACUCGCAACCGACCCCAAAGACGAAGACUUGGUCGCGCACCUGCUUCCUUGCGGCCACAAUCUUCACAAUGAGUGUCUUAAACCAUGGGUGGAACGAGCGAAUAGCUGCCCCAUAUGUCGGGCCAGCUUCAACAUGGUCGAACUCAGCUUGACCGUAGGAGGCAACAUCAUCUCAUCCUACGCCGUGUCGGAUCGACAACAGGUCGCCGACAUUGACACGUCCAUGAUCGUCGAGGAAGACUACAUCAUCGAGGACGACGGCAGCUAUGAUGCCUGCAUGGUCUGCGACGAGUUCGGAGACUCUUCGCAGCUCAUGUUUUGUCACAGCUGCGAGCAACUGUGCCAUGUCUUCUGCGCUGGUCUGGACCGUAUGCCAUCUCGUGGUCCAUGGUACUGCCAGGGCUGUGUGGAGAACCCCGAGCUCAUCGAUGCUGCCUCUCGUCGCAACGCACCACGCGGUCCCGCUGCAUACAUUAAUGGCCGGCCUCGUCUUCCGCGACGCACCGGCGCCCCAGACGAAUGGGUCGGUGUCUGGCAAAGCGUUUGGGAACGCCUCCACUUUGACAUCGAGUUUCCAUUUGAGGAUGACGACCAGUCCGACAACAGAUCUGAGGUACAGCGUCGGGAGAACCGCGAGUGGGAGCGUCGCUUUGCCCUUGCUCGACGGCUAGGUGCCGGCAAUCGCUUCCGCGCCGCUGCCGACAAUGUCCACGUCCGGCCAUCUAAUAAUAAUCGCGUGCGCCCCGUGCCCACUACGCUUCAUCGCGAGCCCCCCAAAACACCCAAAGAUCCCGAAUCUCAAGAAGAACUUCGAGCAUGGAACCAAUUCGAAAAGGCAAGGGAGCAGGUUGCUCAAAUGGAAGCACAAUCCUCUCCUACACCUGAUGGCAACAACAUCAACAUCACUCGAGGCCGCAAAAGGAAAUCCGUUGACUCAUCGCCUGUAGAGCCCGAAACCCGGGAUAAAGAGCCUGAGCGCAAGCUCAAGCGCCCUCGCACUCGACUAAACAUGGAUGCUGCAGAGUCAUCCGCUGCCGCUGCACGGCGUAUCAGUAACCCAGUCCAUGACCCGGAGAGUUCGCUAGCCAACAACAACAGCGACGCAUCCGCUGCACCAGGUUUUCUCCAAUCCCUUCUAGAAGAGGUGGCAGUAGACAAAGCCGAACAGGAAAGAGAGAUCGCUGCACCUCGACCGAAGCGUGUCAUCAUCGAAAGAGCCUGUUCGCCGCAAAAUUCAUCACCUGGCCUUUCUCCUGUUAUAGCCGUGUAUCCAACCCCCCAGGGCAUGACUACGCCACCACCCUUGAACCUCAGUCGGUCCAAGUCUCCAAAGCAGAUAGAAGAACCCCAACUUUCGCCUACAUAUUCUCCGUACUCCCCAGCAGACGACGAACCUCGUCCUAAUCGACACACACUUCCUCUCCGCUCUGCAGGGCUAAGUAGCCCUCCUCGUUCUAAAGACUCCUCACCUAGUCGCUCCGCCUCGCUGUCUUAUACCACAAAAGCAGAAAUCCAAAGGAUGGUCACGUUCGCCCUCAAACCCUUGUAUGUGAAGAAGGAAAUAUCAAAAGACGAAUACACCGAUGUUAAUAGGGAUAUAUCCCGGUUACUAUACGACCGAGUUAGUGACGCUGGUGCGGAUGCGCUUGCCGACAAAGACAAUAGGGAGCAGUGGCAGAAGAUGGCGGCUGAUGAGGUUGACGAUGCAGUGAAGGCUUUGCGGGCCGACGGGCCACCAACCCUUACAUCGACUGACGACUCCGCUUCGUCAUCCUCAUAACGGUUGUACAAACGCAGCACGCGAUGCGACACACUGUCUUCCCCAUAGCUUAGGCGUUCUCUUGUUCACUUGGUCACAAACUAAGGCGUUCUUCAUAUUUGGC